GAGGACUUGACCCGCACCAUAGAGGCGGAGCGCUAGCGCGCCCCCUACCCUCUUCCUCUCCUCCAGCCCGCCCGGAAGCGGCGCGAGGCCGGGCCGGGGCGCUGCGGGCCGUGCCAUGGCGGGCACGGCGCUGAAGCGGCUGAUGGCUGAGUACAAGCAACUGACCCUGAACCCACCAGAAGGGAUAGUAGCAGGUCCUAUGAAUGAAGAAAACUUCUUUGAGUGGGAAGCUCUGAUUAUGGGUCCUGAAGAUACCUGUUUCGAGUAUGGGGUUUUCCCUGCUAUUUUGAGCUUCCCACUUGACUAUCCACUAAGUCCUCCGAAGAUGAGGUUCACGUGUGAGAUGUUCCAUCCAAACAUUUACCCUGACGGAAGAGUUUGCAUCUCUAUUCUUCAUGCUCCUGGGGAUGAUCCCAUGGGAUAUGAGAGCAGCGCUGAGCGGUGGAGUCCUGUGCAGAGUGUGGAAAAGAUCCUCUUGUCCGUCGUUAGCAUGCUGGCAGAGCCAAACGAUGAAAGUGGAGCCAACGUAGAUGCCUCCAAGAUGUGGCGGGAAGACAGAGAACAAUUUAACAAAAUUGCCAAGCAGAUUGUGCAGAAGUCGCUUGGACUUUAAGCUCACAAAAAGACUGAAAUGUUUUGUAUUACUCUCCACCCGUAAAAGAGCAGUGCUCAGUGCUGGUACCAAAAAGGAAAACUUUGCAAAACUAUUGGUCUAGUUCUUAUCCUUCAUUAUUUAUUUACCGUCUCUUUUCUGCUUCCGCUGCUACACAGAAGCCUCUAGUUUACUCACUAAAUUGUAUGGGAAAGGGAUUUAUUGCUAGGGAAAAUGAUGGGAGCAAUGCUGUUUCACAGACUGUUUGUUGCUACCUCACGUCAUGGUAUGGAAAGCUUGGAGACUUUGCAGUCUGCGGCCCUCUUCUGUCAAUCUGCUGUUGGAGAGCAGCGCUGAGUUAGAUCACCUGCUGGAGGAAUUAGUUUUACAUUUGUAUAGGUAGCAUUGCAUUGGGAAUGCCAGUAGACAGAAAAUUAGUAUUAGUUUUAUUAUACCAGCUAAGUUAAGGACAGCGUUUGCAGUCAGAACUGAUUUGAAGCGUGGUUAACCAGAGAAGCUGUAAAACAGGGUUGUAGUCAGAAUGGUUUAACAUAGAAAGUAAUUCAGCACCAUGUAACUUGAAGAUCCACGUAGUCCUUGCUAGCGACUGGCUGGUAUUCCUGCGUUACACUGUGAAUUUGUACUGAGCCUUUGAGUUAGGGUUUGCUUGGAAGAAAUCCCAGGAGUUGAUUUACUGCUCCUUAAAGACAAUUCAACAUAACCUUUACAUUCAGUUAGAGGUGCAAAAUGUAAAGACUGCUUUCUUAAAUACUUCGCUCAGGUUCACUGUGAGCCCUGGGUAUGUCAUCUGCAGCCUGAAAAUGCAGUGAGAUUGUUCCUGCUCCUCGGGGGAUGUAAAGUAUCUCUGCAGUUUCGUCAGCUUUUCUCUCCUGGAGCCAUUUGGACGCUCAGAAAAUGAGGCACUGCUGGCCUUUGCCAUCACAGCCCAUCUCACCCAGUUUGCAGGUGAAGGAGCCUUUGCCAGCUGACGCAAUUAAUUUUGUAAAAUGGACUGUAACACUUCUUUAUACUGAAUGCUGUAAGUAGGAGUCAGAGACAGCCUCAGCUCUGUUCUCUGGAGGAUGGUAAGAUGCUUGUUAAAAGUGGCAGACCACUGUAGCCCACUUCUGGUGGCAGGAGAUGACUAUCUGCAAUGCUUUGUGAAGCUGCUUAGGAGCCGCUGGUGACCUUUGUGCUUUGCAAGUGAGACUUGUUUAAAUCCAAAUCUUCUCCAGUUUAUUACAAGCAGUCAUGCCCAGGGAUGGCAUGUGAAAUCAGAUUUUGUUGGCUGCUUUAAAGGGGCUACAUUUGAGAAGGGCUGUUUUUCUAGGAGAAGACUGCGAGUGGAAGGAGCUGCGCUAUGCAGAAAGCUUACAGAGGAGGUGGUGUGCAUGUGCGUGUGUUGGACUUGUCAGUGUUUACGUCAUUCUGCCCAUGCUGCGUGUUCAGAUUGCUGGGUGCCACCUUUCUGCAUCUUUGAAUCCAGAGUUUGUAUUGCUGUCGCUUGCUGAGCUUACCCCUGUAGAAGCAAUUCUUGCCGCUUUGGUGGGAGGUUGCAAGGGGGACCCAGCGUAGCGUGGGAGCAGAGAUGACAAGAUAGUAUUGUACCUAACUAGUAUUUCAAGGCAUACAGGAAAAUGUAGCACUUAUAUGCAAAAUGAGAGUGGUUUUUUGGAUUGUAAUAUAUGAAGUGUAGCUCCUGCGAGUACCUUGGCUGCUGCUGGAGAGCUGUGUGCACCACAGAGCAAACGCUGCGCUCAGCAGACAUGGCAAAAUGGGGCUCUUUUUAAGUGCGGAGUAUUUUAUUCACGUGUCUGCUCAUUAUUUUAAAGUGGGAUUUAGUCUGUAUUCUGAAAAUAAAGUGAUUAUAUUUUUUUCCUUUCAUAAAUGUA